UCGAAAGCGAGUGGCACCGGCAGCACCUGAACUUUAUAAUCCGACCACUUUGAUCUAGUACCUCUGAAAUCGCACAAGGUUGUGUAUAUCUAUAGGUCUAGCGGGUCCGACACAUUCCGAUUUUGGUUUCGCUUUCGAAGUCGGCCUAAACUUGGCACCUGUUGCGGUCAGAGCAACACUCGCCUACACUGUCGCACAAAGUUCCGAUCGAAGUGAGUUGAAUAGAAUCGAAAAUGGUCUGUGGCCGAAAGUGCUGUUUGUUCUGCCUGUUUAUGAGCUCGUGGGGCUUCCUGAUGCUGAAUCUUCUGGGAAUUUUUUUCUAUGUCAAAUCUCUGAAUCUGCUGGAGGCCCUGCCCCUGCCUCAUAGCUUCAGAAGUCUGGAGGAGUUUAAGGAGCAGGCGGACGAGGCCUACCAAAAAGUAUCCAUCCGAUGCUUUGUCGCAGCCGUCGUCUAUCUGGGAUUCGUAUUCAUGUCGAUAGUGUUCAUCCGCCGUGACAUCAAGAGGAGGAAGCGGCUCUACAAAGGGGGUGCACCCCGACACCGACGUUGAUCUGUGUUCUCUGUGCGUUUUCUAUUGGUUACUGAAUAAACUAUAUAUUUUCA